UUAUGUAUUUUGUUUGUAUGCCGGUUUUAUUUGUGAAUUAGAAGAGUUUCAUCAAUUGUAUGUUUUGUAUGUUUCUAAAUGAAAAAGUGAGAAAUGAUGCAUAUGAUCCGAUUAGUCAGAGUGUUGAACUCUGUAUUUGGUUAGAUGGUUGGUUGAUUCUGAGAUUUUGUGUUUGUUUUAUGAGUGUUAUGAGUUGAUCUAUGUAAUAGUCCGAGUGCUUUAUUAGUGUUAUGAGUUAUAGUUUCAUUGUUUGGGAUAUGUAUCGGACUUUGUAUGGUUGUAUUGAUUCUUGUUUCUAUUCAAACUCUGUAAACCAGCCUCUGUGGUUCAUAAUCAUUCUGUGUACUUCACUCUAUCGUAAUUUUUUUUAGAACCUUGUUCAUAGUCGGAUUGAGUUGGUUGUUGGUUGGUUGUUGUUGGUUAUUGUGUCUUUAAUGGAUGUCUUUACACAGUUGGUAUUAAGACCCAUGUACUUGUAUUUAUGCUUUAAUGGAUGUCUUUACACAGUUAGUUUCAUUACACAGUUAGUUUCAUUACUAACCAUUUCUUGUUUCUUGUUUUGUGAGUUUCUUUUAGUUGAGCUCAAGCAAGUCACAGUUAAGGCGACAAGGAAACAACAUUUCAACCAACCGAAAGAGAACAAGGAACACAUGGGGCUCCAUAGCUAUAGCCAGCCGUCAUCAUCUGAAUGUAAUGGUUAUCUGGUUGACGAACAAUCUAGCCAGCCAUCCGAGUCAAGUGCUUACAACUAUGCAGAGAGUGAACCUGAGUUGGGAUUCCCUAAGAAGUGUUAUUGUGGUGCUGAACCUAUCAUUGACACAUGUUACUCGAGGAAUGAUCCAUGAAGAAAGUUCUUCUCUUGUGGGAACAGAGACGAUGGGGAGUGCCAUAUAUGGAAGUGGUGGGAUGUUGUAGUGAUGGAGGAGAUGAGAGCAAGUGAAACAAACUAUAGCAAGGUUGCAUCAAAGGUAGAUACUCUUACUCACUAUGAAACUGAGCUGAACGAGAUCAAACACCUGAAGAAUGAAACUGAAGAGAAGAUCAACAAGCUAAAGAAGCUUGUUGCUGAGUUGAAUACGAAGAACAAAGGGUUUACAUUAAGUUUGGAAUUGGUUCUUGGUGUCUUAUUAUGUUUAGUUGCUAUAUUAGGUCUGAUUAUGUUUAAGUAGGGUAGUUUAUUUAGCUUCAAAGGCACUAUGGUGUUGUGUAAUAUGUUUGAGACUGGUUUCGUUCAAUAACCAUCGGCUAUAAUGACUACAUUUUUUCUUA